AUGCUGAAGGUGAACACACGAUUCAGGAUGAUAUUGUCGUUGCUGGACAGGAUAUUGCUGCAGGUUUGGUUAGGAUGGGAUUCUUCCAGGAAUUUGCUAUCUGUUGGAGACCCUUCGGCAGCUUUGGAAGAAAGCAUUAUUUCUAUCCUGAUUGCGAUAGCAAGGCAUUCCCCGACAUGCUCGGAGGCAAUCAUGAAUUGCCAAAGGCUCGUUCAAACAAUUGUUGACAGGUUUACUAUGAAAGACCAAAUGGAAUUUUAUCUUUCUAAGAUAAAGUCAGUGACACUUUUAAAAGCGUUGGCUCGGUCUGAGAAGAAGAAUCUUAUGGAGUUUGUAGAUAAUGGGAUUUUUCAGAAGGUGACAUGGCAUUUGUACCGAUAUGCAUUCUCCCCUGAUCACUGGGUAAAGUUGGGAAGGGAAAAUUGUAAACUUUCGUCAGCUUUGCUGGUUGAACAAUUACGUUUUUGGAAGAUCUAUUCCCUGCUCUCAGCUAUUGCUGGCAUUUGGCUGGAUGUGCCUUCAUUUGAAAAACUCAUUGAAUAUGACAUCCUUAAUGAAUUUGCUGCUAUCACCAAGGAAGCAUACCUUGUUCUGGAGGCUUUAACUAGAAGACUUCCAAACUUUUAUUCACAUAUCAAUCUGAGAAGUCAAACAGCUGAGGUUCCCGGUAUAGAUCAGGAAACUUGGUGUUGGGGCCAUGUCGGACCGAUUGUUGAUUUAGCUCUAAAGUGGACAGCAUUGAAUAGUGACCCGUACAUAUCAAAAUUCAUUGGCUGGCAAAAAGUCAUUAACAGCAAGUCUGUAGUGCAGGAUUUAGCUUUAAAUUCCAUAUUAUGGGUGCUUUCUGCAGUCAUGCACAUGCUUUCCAGUUUGCUCAAAGUUGUGAUCCCUGAGGAUAUCUCCACCCUACAUGGUGGGCAUGUGCCAUGGCUACCAGACUUUGUCCCUAAGAUUGGACUUCAAAUUAUUAAGAAUGGAUUUUUGAACUUCUCAGGGGUAAAUGGUACAGAACAUAGUAAGGAUUUUGCUGGCGGUGCCUCUUUCCUUGAGCAUUUGUGUGAUUUGAGACAUCAAAGGGAACAUGAAACCUCUAUAGCUUCUGUAUGUUGUCUUCAUGGGUUAGUUCAGGUGGUUGUUUCUGUUGACGAGUUGAUUCGGCUAGCUAACACGCAGACUCAUACACCUUCCCAUUGUCACAUCCCAACAGACGAUGAAAUACUUUCCAAUGGGAUACUCGAGUCCUCUAUUCCUGAAUUGGGAAAUGUGGUCACUACUUUCACGAGUUUAAUUGCUUCUGAGUGGCAGCAUGUGCAGUCCACUGAGAUGUUCGGGAGAGGUGGCCCUGCUCCAGGGGUCGGUGUGGGUUGGGGUGCAUCCGGUGGAGGGUUUUGGUCCACAACUAUUUUGUUGGCUCAAAUGGAUGCAAGUUUGUUCAUUCACUUGCUUGAAGUUAGUAAGUUUUUUCCUGCAAAAGGUUUGUCUGCUGUUGAAGAGAUAAGAUUUGUACUGGAAAGGAUAUGUUCGGCUUUGGAAGUAUGUUUAAUUGUGGGACCAAGGGAGAAAUUUAUAAUGGAUAAGGUGUUGGAUAUCUUGAACCAAGUCCCUGUUCUAAAGUAUCUGGAUAUUUCUAUUCGUCGUUUUCUCCAUCUUAAUGCAGGAUUCAAGUUAUUUGAAUGGGAAUAUAAAGAAGAGGACUACCUCCACUUUUGCACUGUUUUAGCUUCACAUUUCAGAAAUAGGUGGCUCUCUGUAAAGAAGAAGGUCAAAGCUGAGGGUAAGAAUUGGUGUGUCGACCACAAAACUUUAAAUGGCAGUGUUUCCCUGGACACCAUUCAAGAGGACGUGGAAGUCUCAACUAUGACCAAUCAAGGGCAUUGUUCAACUUCUUUGGUGGUGGAGUGGGCUCAUCAGAGACUGCCGCUGCCCCCACAUUGGUUUCUCAGCCCAAUCUCAACCAUCAACCCUUCUGAUUUUCAGGAAGUUGCUAAAGCUGGGCUGUUCUUUCUUUUAGGCAUUGAAACAAUUUCUACUUUCUUUCCUUCUGAGUUCCACUCCUCCGUUCAGAGGGUACCAGUGAUUUGGAAAUUGCAUGCUUUAUCUGUAAUUUUCCUUGGUGGAAUGGGAGUGCUUCAAGAGGAGAAGAGUAGGGAUGUACUUGAAACACUGCAAGAGGUCUAUGGGCAGAUUCUUGAUAACUCAAGGUUUCCAGAAACUGGAGAAAAAUAUAGAGUGGAGUUCCUGAAUUUUCAAUCAGAGAUACAUGAGAGUUACUCCACAUUUAUGGAAACUCUUGUGGAACAGUUUGCUGCAGUAUCUUAUGGUGACAUGAUAUAUGGACGGCAAGUUGCAAUCUAUCUACAACCCUGCGUCGAAUCUUCUGUACGACUAUCCGCUUGGAAUGCUUUAUUUAAUGCUCGUGCUCUUGAACUUUUGCCUCCUUUAGACAAAUGCAUUGGCAAGGUUGAAGGGUACCUUGAACCUGUUGAGGAUGAUGAGAGGGUUUUGGAAGCUUAUGCGAAAUCGUGGGUUUGUGGUGCUCUUGACAAAGCAGCAACUCGAGGAUCAGUCGCAUACACAUUGGUUCUGCACCACAUGUCAUCUUUUAUUUUUGGCAAUUACACCAGUGAUAAAAUAUUGCUGCGAAAUAAGCUUGCCAAAUCCCUCCUGCGAGAUUACUCUUGUAAGCAGCAACACAAGUGCAUGAUGGUGGAUCUUAUCCGAUACAAGAUGGACCCCACAUUUCAGAAGUCUGGACAAGAGGAAGUUUUGUCACUGCAGAUGUCCCAAUUAGAAGAAAGAUUCAAGUUAUUGAAAGAGGCUUGUGAGGGGAAUUCCUCGCUUUUGAGUGAAGCGGAAAAGCUAGAGUCCUCUUGUAAAAAUAGUAUGGCUUAACCAGGGACAUGCCUGUAUACAUAAAGCUAAUCCAUACCGUGUUUAGUGCUCAUGAAUCUAAUGUAACGGAAAAUGAAAAUGGCUCAUUUUUGUUCUGGAAGUUUUCCGUAAUAAUUGUAAAGAACUAAUAUGUAAUAUUAGGGACUUAAACAAAACUUGGGUUUACCAUGUGGUGGAUCUUCCAACCUUGCUAAAGCUUCUGCAUGAAUUACUGUUUGUUUAUUGGUGCUUGUACAUGAUUAAACCAUCUUUUAUGUCAAUACGUGCUUCACUUAAGGAUUCGG